ACUGGCGCGGAAUGCGGAGCUACGGGACCAUUGCUCCUGGCAUGGAGCUCGCUCAGCGCUCUUCCUUCUCCUUGAGGAGGGGGGCUGUGGCUAUCGCAGUGUCUUUCUUGGCUGUUCUUGCUCUUGCUCAUGUUGCCAUCAACGACAACUCCAGAGCCUCUGUCCUCGAGUACCAUGGUGCCUUGAACCCAAUGAACAACCCAGCACUCGGUACCAACAAGGGUGGCCUCGGUACCGGAGAAUACAACUUCAUCAAUGGAGAGAAUCCUGAUGCGCCUGAACAUCCAGCUGGAUAUCAGUGGGCUACCACUAUGACGGCCAACGGCCCGGAAUACGGACAUGGAAGCGACUGGAUCUAUCAGAAUGGUUGGGAGAAUCCUGGACCAGGAACAAUCAAGGGUCCGUCGUCCUACUACUAUAACGAGUAUAUGGACGAUGCUGACACGGCUGUCGGCGAGAACGUUCCAGAGGAAGACCUGGAAUACAAUGAGAACCAGGUCGACAAUGAGAGGUCUCUCCCUGACCACAGCACCUCCAACCCGUACACCUAUGCUUCUUCUCAGGGAGUGUAUCGGGCCCGCCUCAACAAGGGGGCCGCAGGCAUGGCAAGGGAGCGAACGCUGAAGGAGGUGGUGAAGGAAGGGUUGUACGUGCUGUACUGGAUGAGCGCUGCUCAGCGAACAAGAGAAAACCAUGCUCUGCAGCACGCCAUCUCCAUCAGCAACCACAUGCAGAAACCUCUCUGGGUCAUCUUCUGCCUCUUCGAGAAGUACCCCGAGGCGAAUGAGAGGCACUUCACCUUCAUGGUAGAAGGGCUACGAGAAGUUUCCUUGAACCUGCAGAGGCAGGGCAUCAAGUUUACAGUCGUCAAAGGAAGGCCACCCGAUCCCAUCCUUCUGCUUCAAGACAAGUCCUGCUGCACUGUGCUCGAUUGUGGGUAUACAAGGACAGUGCGAGGGUGGAGGAAAGAACUUCUUGCCAAGUCAUCAACGAAGAUCGUCCUCGUUGAGGGAGAGGUUGUUGUUCCAACUGAUGUGGCGUCCAAAGUACAAGAGCCGGCGGCAGCGACUUUCAGGCCGAAGGUUUCAAAGUGGAUCGACAAAUAUCUGGUCUCUGCAGGCGAGCAGCGCGUCUUAUUCCCUUCGGUGGACAUGGACUUUGAAAGCAACUUUGACAAGCAUGACGAUCUCGAGCUGAUGGACAUGAGCUUGCCUCUCGACGAGAUCAUGAGCAAGCUGGUGGUGGAUCGGACUGUACCUCCUUGCUCCUGCUUCCUCCAAGGAGGAGAGACGCGAGCUGAAGAGCUCUUGUCAAAGUUUUUGACUUCGGGAGCUGACGGAAAGGCAAUCAAUGAGUACCAGCUGAAGAGGAACGAUCCGAGCUUGCGCAAGCAGAGCCAUCUGUCUCCUUACCUUCAGUUCGGUCAGAUCUCUCCCGUUAGAAUCGCAAUGAAGGCCAGAGAGUUCGCCUCCAAGUUCCCCGAGCACAGACAAGACGUCGAUGUCUUCCUCGAGGAGCUGAUUGUCCGACGAGAGUUCGCGGUCAACUUCGUCCUCCACAACCCCAGCUACGACUCGUCAGUUGCUCCCCCACUGGUCCCCCACCUGACGACACUGACCCUGCCUCGCUCAGACCUUUGUCCCUGCCUGACUGGGCGCGAAGUGGCCUCGGGUCCAGGGCUCUCCUCCUCGAGCUCUGCUGACUCAUGCCCUAGGGACCACGCUCACGAGAAGCGGACGCACACGUAUACUGAAGAGCAGCUGGAGCAGGGCAGGACGCACGAUCAAUACUGGAAUGCUGCUCAGUUCGAGAUGAUCAUAACGGGGAAGAUGCAUAACUACAUGAGGAUGUACUGGGCCAAGCAGGUGAUCUUGUGGAUGGACAAGUGGGAGGAUGCGUAUAGAUUCCUGGUGGCUCAGAACAAUAAGUGGGAGCUGGAUGGAAGAGGAAAGGGGCGAACGCCUUUGCAGGGGCCCUUUCCCGAGCGGCCCGUGCUGGGUCCAGUGCGAUGCAUGACGGCGGGUGGCCUCGAGAAGAAGUUUGACGUGUCGGGGUACCUGAAGAGGAUCGAGCAUCUGCGAAAGGGUAUCGACGAAGGUCGAGUAUUUGUGAUCCCCGAAGCCCUGAAGUUCGUGCGGCUCGCCACAGUCACGUCCUUCUUCUCUCCGGGAAAAGCAGCAUCUUCUGCUGGAGAAGGGUCUCCUCAGGCUCGCAGCAAGAGAGCAUCGAGUGAAAUCGAGGAUACCAGUCGCAAAGUUGCACCCAAGCGAAAAACAGAGAAAGAAGCGAUCAAGAUUCCACGUCCUCCUUCACAACUUUCUAUCUCUGACAUGUUCCGAAAAAAGACAUGA